CCCAGUUUCCCUUCAAACAACCGGCGACCGCCGCCACCAUUCAGAGCGCCCACAUCAACCACAACCACAACGUCAACAACAACAACAACUACCACUACAACAGCCAGACCCGAAGUACUAGAACCAGGAAGUUCGCUGAUUUCCACUGAAGAAUGCGGUCUCUCUGGUCGCGAUGCUCGCAUCGUCGGCGGCGAGGACGCCCUGCCUGGCCAGUGGCCUUGGGUGGCGGCCAUCUUCCUCACCACCCCCAAGGGCAGCAAGUACUGGUGCGGCGGGGCACUGAUCGGGAAGUAUUACAUUAUCACCGCAUCGCACUGCCUCUCCGAUCACCGAGGCCAGACCUACCGAAAGGAGCAGCUGCUGAUCAAGCUGGGCGAGCACAACAUCAACAGCGAGGUGGAGGAGGAGGGCCUGCCGCCGGCGCAGACCUUCAAGGUGGUGUCCGUGCUGCAGCACCCCGAGUUCAAGCGCAACGGCUUCUACAAUGACAUCUGCCUGCUGAAGCUCGACCGGCCGGCGCAGUUCAGCGAAACGGUCUCGCCGAUCUGCCUGCCCGACGAGCAGUACCGCCGACGCAACCUGGUCGGCUACGUGGCCACCGUCGUCGGCUGGGGCACCACCAAGUACGGCGGGCAGAGCAGCGGCGUCCUCCAGCAGGUCUCGCUGCCCGUCUGGGACAAUGUCGACUGCGACAAGCGGUACUUUCAGCCCAUUGGCAAAAACUUUCUCUGCGCGGGCUUUGUGGAGGGCGGGAAGGAUGCCUGUCAAGGUGACAGCGGAUCGCCGCUGAUGCUCGCCGACAGUACGCGCAAGUGGACCAUUGUGGGCGUGGUGUCCUUUGGCAAUCGCUGUGCUCAGGCGGGCUACCCGGGCGUGUACACUCGCGUCGCCGAGUACCUCAAGUGGAUUCGGGAGAAUGCGGUUUGA